AAAGCCAAUCUCGCGACUCAGUUCUGCAAUUCAUGGAGCUCUAGCGUGCCAGAAAUGGCGCACGGAGACGGAGACAUUCAGGCGAGCUACCAGGAUUUCCUCUCAGAAGAUGAAGCUCCCACGGUUAUGGUGGAGCCGACGGAGGCCCUCUUGGACGAAUCCCUGCCAUUCAUCGUGGUUCCUGAGCGGAAAACUGAUCGAUGGAAUCACAUCGAAGACCUAGACUCUUUUUUCAAAAAGGUUUAUCAUUACCAUCAGAAACAUGGCUUCAUGUGUAUGUUCUUCGAGACAGUUUUGCAGCAGCUGCAGUUUGUGUUCGUUAUAAUUUUCGUUACGUUUCUAUUUUCCUGCGUGGACUACGCCAUUUUAUUCAAAGACAAACCUGUCGGGGGGCACAACACCACAGAACAUGUGAAGGUCAAACUCAGAGACGCCAUCACACCUCCUGGACAAUGUAUAGCCGGAGUAUCUGCCCUCGUACUGUGGUGUUUAGGCAUAGUCUUGCUAUUUUGGAUUACCAAAGUGAUAAAAGAAGUCUUUCAACUGCGGCAAUAUCUUCAAGUGAAGCGGUUUUUCACAUCGGCGCUGCACAUACUUCCGCACGAGCUCGACAACAUGACAUGGCACGACGUGCAGCAAAGACUGCUCGAAGUGCAACGUGAGCACGAGAUGUGCGUUCACAAGAGGGAUCUCACCGAACUCGACGUCUAUCAUAGGAUUCUGCGACACGAGAAUUAUCUCGUGGCGCUCAUAAACAAAGAAGUCAUACCUGUAAAGUACAAUCUGCCCAUCUUGGGGAACACUGUUUUCUUGAGCAGUGGACUCAGAUACAAUCUGGAAGCCAUGCUCUUCUGGGGUCCAUGGGCCCCUUUCGAAAACAGCUGGCACCUCAAAGAGGAAUACCGUACCAAGGGUCGAGAGAUUCAACUCGCAGAACAGUUGUCGAAAAGCAUGCUCUACAUCGGUCUCUUCAACUUGGCUCUGCUGCCGCUGGUUCUGAUCUGGCAGCUCCUUUUUAUCAUCUUCUCGUAUGCGGACGUUGUCAAGAGGGAGCCCGGAUUCUUGGGCGCCCGCAUGUGGUCCGAGUUUUCGAGGGUUCAUCUCCGACAUUUCAACGAGCUGGAUCACGAGUUGAACUCGAGACUCUGCAUGGGCUACAAGGCCGCUUCCCGUUACAUGAACUCCUUCACGAGCCACGUGACUGUCGUUCUCUGCCAAAACGUGGUGUUUUUCGCCGGAUCUUUCUGGGUCGUACUCGUCGGGCUGACAGUUUGGGAUGAAGAUUUCCUCGCGGUGGAGCACAUCGUCACCGCUCUGGCUGUCCUUUCCAUGGUCCUUGCCGUCUGUAGAGCAGCUAUACCGGAUGAGCACACGGUGUGGUUCCCUGAAGUUUUGAUGAAAACCAUUCUGCACCAUGUACACUACAUGCCCGACCAUUGGAAAGGAGCAGCUCACACCACUUCUGUGAGAGACGAGUUCAGCAAUUUGUUCACGUAUAAAAUCACCCAUCUGCUAUGCGAGCUUUUCAGUCCUCUCGUGACGCCGUUGAUCAUCAUCUUCCCGUUGCGUGCCCGAGCGCUCGAGAUCGUGAGAUUCUUCUGCGAGAAUACCGUCACCAUCCAGGGCGUCGGAGAUGUCUGCUCUUACGCUCAGAUGGACGUGGCGAAGCACGGCGAUCCUGAGUGGACGGCUGCAGUUGGCAACGGAAUGACCGAGAGCGAGUUCCCCGUUCCGAUUCCUAAACCGCCAGCCUCACAGCAGGCUGAAAUGGGGAAAACCGAGCUGUCGUUGGUUCAUUUCAAGAACACGAACCCUCUCUGGAAUCCAGACGGUCCCGAGAAUCAGCGUUUCCUGUCCGGGCUGGAGCAUAACCUGGCAUCUGUACAGCACGGGCAGCUCAUCACUCAGAGCUUGCACAGUUAUACCUCAUUGAAUCCUUUCUCGGUGUUUUCUCCGGCCCCGGGACGUGACGAGAUACCCAAAGGCGCCGGCGUGACCUCUGCCCAGGGCCCAAUUACGUCGUAUUGUGAUGAAUCCUUUGUGACAAGCUCUAUCCCUGGGCUUCCCAGUUGGCCCCCGAUGCCGAACACGGUCAAUUAUGAGCUCGCAGCCGCGAAUACGAGCGCAAGUGCGGUGCUGUUGCACGAGAGCCGUCACCACUCGGUGGCGAGGCCGCAGCCCAUGAACUACACCAUGGAGAACACGACAGCGUUUCGACGACCCUUCGGAAGACCAUCCGUUCUCUCGAGCAUCCAGGAGAGAAGAACCGAAACGACGCCGUUGCUGCACAAUAGUAUGAGAUGAAAACUGCUUGUCGUGAAUAUACCAGUAUAGGCACCACCGAGCCAGUGUCAGCCUUGGCUCCUAUUCGAGUAAGAGCGGUAGAUUGUG